GAUAAUCACAACAAAGGACAAUCGGCUAAAACUAACCGGCUAGUUACAGCAUUAUAGAUAGACCAAUUAAAUCACAUCUUUAUAAUAUCUUGCUGCCAGAUAUGGAUAACUAGUCGUUCCUGGAUAAAGUCUGAUAAGAAAAAAAAAUAUGAACUUUGCACGCCUGCGCUUUGAGCACAUGCUCCUAAAAGGGCUUCGGGCCCCGUCGAAACAGACCCAGUGGUGGGGCCAACGCAGGCGAUGGAUGGCCAGCACAGCUCCUUCCCCAGCAGCGACGGAGAGUCCUGCGUCCUCAGCAACGCCAGCAGUUAAGAAAACAUUGCCUCGGGUGAAACCGCUGGCUGAAGAGCGCUUGGAAACAGUCCUGUCCCCCAUCCGCACCCGCAUCAUCCGGAAGAAGCGUCUGGCGAUUGACGAACUGUCCGCCCUUGGCUUCCUCAACACUCGGGGAUACACCACGGCUGAGGAGUACAACCUCGAGGACCUGCAAAUAGCUCUCCGUCAACAGAACCUCUACGAAACGAAGCGUUUCUUCUCCACCGACAACCAGGACGUGGAGCAGAAUGUUCUUUAUGUAUCCGCCAAGUAUCCCACCGGUCAGCAGCCUCGGGAGAUCUUCUUCUUCCGCGAGGGUUCCGUCGUCUUCUGGAAUUGCAGCGACAUCGAAACGAAUAACGUGCUCAGCUUCCUGAGGUCCUUUGAACGCGAGUCCUAUGUGAGUGCCUUGGUUCACGGCGAGAGCGAGGUGAUGCCGUACACCUACAUUCCAUCUACGGCGGUGGAUGUGGAGGGCGACCUGGUGGCGGAGAGCAGUGACUUCAACGUCACUUCGAGGGCCUUCUUUCAGAACGGAAAGUUCUUUGUGACCGCGGAUACGGAUAGUUUCCUGUACAAGUACACCUUCUCCAACGCCAUCGCUCAGUCCAUCAAGCUGGGCAUAUGGGAGGCCACCUUGGAUCGUUAUAUCGGCUCCAUUGAACAUCUCACAGAGGACCUGAAACGCGGUCGCCGUCUGAAGAUAUCCCGCGCAGCCAUGCUCCGGAAAACCGGCGAACUCUUCGCUCUGCGGCAUGUCAUCAAUCUGUCGUCGGAUCUGCUGGAUGCUCCGGACUUCUAUUGGGAUCGCGAGGAGCUGGAGGCGUUGUAUCUACAGGUGUGCUCAUACUUUAGCAUCACGCGACGUACCAAGGUGAUGAACGAGAAGAUCAACCAUUGCGUGGAACUGGCCGAGCUGGUGUCCCACAAUCUGAACGACGCUCAUCACAUCCGUCUGGAGUGGAUGAUUAUUAUCCUAAUCAUGGUGGAGGUGGGCUUUGAGGUGCUGCACUUUGCCAAAGACAGAGGAGAUCCGCAUGCGCUAGAGGUCCUGCCCCUCUCGGGCCAAGCGACUUUAAAACAAAAAUAACUUAGGGCUAGACUUUUUGUACUAUAUAUACCAAAAUAUAGAUUCGUUAAACCUA